AUGGGUGCCGACAAACCGUGGAAACAAAGGCCCGAAUGUGAAGGAACCAGUCAUCUUAAAAAGGAUGCUAACCCCAAGGGUCGGGUCAUCAUAUUUGUUACGCUACCCGAGUUGGCCAAUGAGGCCGAACGAUUCAAAUCAAUUUUCACACAAUUACUAUUUAAAUCAGAUGUUUAUUCUGGAUUGACCUGUGACGAGAUUAAAAAUAAAUUGACCGAGGUGGCCAAUACAGACACAUACAAUGGCGACGCUUUUAUUAUGAUGUUUAUCGGCAACGGCUUUAAUGAGCACAUCAUAGGCCGGACAGACACAAGUCAAUGGCCACCAAAUGAGUGCGAUAUUAUGGCCUUCAGUGAAAUAGUGGCCACAUUUGCCUGGACUCGUGCGCCCGCUUUGCGUCAUAAGACCAAGCAAUUGAGCCCGAAGAUUGAAAUGGUGGCUGAUUUUAUGGGCCCUAUAGAAUCGUCACUUAUUAAUAAGUUGAAGAUGCUCGAUCCUAAGUUUGAUUUCGACAAUACACAGACUCACGUAAUAUAUGCGUGUCGUGAGGGGUUCCGAAUAAAUCCUUACACGGAUGUACCUGGUCCAAUUGGAAGCGUUAGUCUAUUCGGUCAAGCAUUUAGCCAUACAAUAGCUCAAUACUCGGCGUAUAAUAGCCUGACUGAGAUGCUUGCUAUGACACUAAACCGAAUGGAAACCGAUUUAAUGGAUAAAGAUUUUAAGCAAAGGCCAGAAAUUGAAACGUUUAACGCAACCACUCUUGAUCAAUUUAGUCAUUACAGGAGAUGUAUAUUAAGCCAAUAUACGAGUAAGUAA